AUGGGUAAUUUCAAGUACGUAUUUUUGAACAGUGCAAGGGCCAUUCUGGCCUUCUGUGGCAACAAGUGCAGCCCGCAAAACGCCCCCAAAAGCGGCAGCAGCGCCAACGUCGUCGUCAACGUCAUCGUUAGCCUUAAGAAUAACUAUGACAUUAUCAUACACAACGUCGAAUGCAUUCUGCCGGCUAAAAAAUACGUCAGCUUCUUGGAGUGCAAACUUUUGCGACAACGAAGUCCCGUAGUAGCGGCCCAAUUUAUGUUGAACGAAACCAUUAACCACUUCGACAUGCACUGUACCUUUGAUCUGUUCAAAAAGGAUAAAACCCGCAUGAAUAUCGCCGAUAUCAAGAUGGAUGGCUGCAAGUAUUUGGGAUCCAUGUAUCAAAACAAUAUCAUUGGCAAAUUGUUCAAGAGACUGAAAACUGUCAGCAAUAUUCCAAACAAUUGUCCCGUUGAGAAGGGAAAAAUGUUCGAGAUCCGCAACUAUACUUUCAUUGCGGAUGAGUUUCCACCUGGAGCUCCGCAGGCUAAGUGGCAAAUGCGUUUAAAACUGCUGAGGCGAUCUGACCUAAUUAUAACUAUAAUAUUCGACGGCAGUGUGGUCUAUAAAACCUAAUACUUAAGGGU